AUGAGUUGGACAUUCCAUCUGGCAAUUUUCCUGGGGUACUACGCUUCCUGCGUGAACGGGUCUCCAUGGGUCGAUCUGGGUUAUUCUCGCUACCGGGGGGUGCGACUACCUGUUGGGGCUGAUGAGUAUCUUGGUAUGCGAUAUGCAGCACCUCCCCUUGGUGAAAAAAGAUUUCGGGCACCGGAAGAGCCGGUCAAAACAUCAUCCAUCCAGGAUGCCUUCGAGUUUGGACCAACGUGCAUUGGCGUUGGAGAGGAGAUCAGCCCACUCGUGGGAGAAGACUGUCUGUUCAUCAACGUGUUCACAUUAUCCCACGCAAGCCCCCACUCCAAGUUACCGGUCUGGGUGCAUAUUCAAGGUGGCGGCUACGCGUCCAAUUCUAAUGCCAACUUCAACGGUACGAAAGUUGUUCAGCAAUCGGGUUACGAUCUCGUCUUUGUCAACUUCAACUACCGCGUCGGAGCCUUGGGGUUCCUAGCCAGCGAAGAGGUGCGGCAGGAUGGAAAUCUGAAUGUGGGAUUGUUGGACCAGCGACAGGCUCAAUCCUGGGUGCAGCAACAUAUAAGCAAGUUUGGCGGGGAUUCAGACCAUGUUAUCGUCCAUGGCGAUUCAGCAGGUGCAGGAUCCGUAGCCCAUCAUAUGACAGCAUAUGGAGCCCGUGACGACGGACUCUUCGCUGCUGCAAUUCUCGAGUCGCCGUUCUGGCCCACGCUGCGCACAGUCGCAGAGAUGGAAUUCCAGUACGCGCGAUUGGUGGAUCGCGUGGGUUGCUCUGGUGCAGCUUCUGCAUUAGCAUGUCUUCGAUCCAUGAACCUAACAACAUUGAAGAAAGGCAAUGUGGUAGAUUCAUUUCCCGGAGCUGCCCAGGACCCACCACCGCUGUGGUAUUUUCUGCCUGUCAUUGAUGGCACAAUAGUACGAGACCAGUUGUCAACACUCUUUGAUCGCGGCGAGAUGUUCAAAGUUCCACUACUCGUGGGUGAUGAUACAAACGAGGGAUCGACCUUUGCCUACAACGCUGCCAACGCAUCGGAUAUGUCGCGAUUUCUCAGCGCCAACUACCUAGGCCUGUCAUCUCCCAGCAUGGUCACCAUUCAUAAUGCGUGUCCUCGUAUGCGUCCGGUGCCUGAUCAUGCUGCCUAUUUCCCGUCCGCGUCUGCUGCGUAUGGCGAUGCCGCCUUUACAUGUCCUGGUAAUCAUAUCGCAGCUGCGAUGGCCAACGGCUCCCUACCCAGCAGGGUCUGGAGCUACAGAUACAACGUCCGAUCCCCAGAGCUGAUCGAAGAAGGCCUAGGCGUACCUCAUAUCUUCGAGCUCAGUGCCAUGUUUGGUGUGGGCUUCGCCGGUGAUAGCGAGAUCGCGAGUUACAGCGGCAUCAAUCCAAAUGUAGUCACCACAGUGAUGAACUAUUGGAUUAGUUUCGUGAAGGCGAUGGACCCUAAUCCCCGCAGAAACAGCAACGCACCCUACUGGGAUUCGUGGAGGCCGGGCUCGGCCAGACGGCUCAAGAUUCAGACAAAUGCUACUGGAAUGGAAGCAAUACCGCAGCUUCAGACAGAUCGGUGUUUCAUGUGGAAGGACCUGGCGCUGGAGAUGGAAGUCUAG